AUGGCAUUUUUACAUUCUCACUCGACGGAAUGCAUGUCCAGCGAGCUGGAUCUUUUCACGCUAACAGCCACUCAAACGUCAAUUGAAAGCAGCAGCUUUCUGCAUUAUAAGCCUGUGUCGUCUCUUAACGAUGUCGACGAACCAUUGGAAUUCGUCGUGCCGGCAGGUAGCGAACAUUACUUUGAUCUGGCUCACACCAUGCUUCAUGUUCAAGCGAAAAUCGUACCCGCUGACGAGGCUACGGCAACGACCGAAGACCUUAAAGUCGGACCGAUCAACAAUUUCAUGCAUUCAAUGUUCAAUCAGAUUGACGUUUUUUUCAAUCAGAAAAUUGUUUCGCCGCCUAAUAACGCCUAUCCUUACAGAGCGUACAUCGAGACGCUUCUCAACUACGCUCCGGCUGCUAAAGACUCACAUCUUACAGCGAGUCUGUGGUACGACGACACGAGCGGUGGUUUCGAUUCACCAGCUAAUGCGGUGAGCACUGCCACAGCACCUAUUAUCGUGAACAAAGGGCUGGAAAAUCGCAAAUAUUUUACACAGAAUCGACGAUACUUUGACAUGAUUGGACAUUUGCAUCACGACCUCUUUAAUCAGGAUAAAAUGCUGAUUAAUGGCGUAGAAAUGCGCGUACGUCUAGUGAGGAGUAAGGAUGCUUUUUGUCUGAUGGACGCGACAGCCGAUGGAAAAUUCAAACUCAGCAUCAAAAAAGCUACACUCAUAGUUCGCAGAGUAAAAAUCAGUCCUGGAGUUUUACUGGCUCAUGCGCAAGCGUUAUCGAAAACCACGGCUAAAUAUCCCAUAACGAGAGUCGAUGUUAAGUCGUUUACUCUUCACUCGGGAAUAUUGGGCGAUUCGAUCAACGAAGGUUUUGGCAUCAAUCGCUACAACUAUUACAAAGGCAAUUUUUUGACGGCCUUCGAUCUCACUCCUGAUUUAUCUGCACACUGUGCCACACAUUGGAAUCUCGUGCGCUCGGGUAGCAUACGCAUAGAGGUGAGAUUUGAGACGGCUCUCCUCACUGCUAUCAACUGUAUCGUUUACGCAGAGUACGACAACGUUCUGGAAAUCGACUCUAACCGCCAAAUCAUAACGGAUUUUAGCGCUUGA